GUCUAGAGGUAUUUCUACAACUACGGCACCAACUUCUUCACUCGUUAGCGCAAGAACGGACGGAUUGAUUGCCCUGUGUCAGCCUCGCAACAGCCGGAAUCGAACAUGACGUCGUCUUCGCCCUUGGAGCCCAAGUCACUGACCAAACUGGAAUUCGAGGACGACGAGCAAAUCCUCAACUACCACGAUGCCCUGAUUUACGGAUCGGAUCUGAGACUCUUCGAGACACGAACCGAAUGGCUGAACGACUCGUGCAUCCAUUUCGUCUUUUGUCUCCUGCAGCAGGAACGACAAGAAAAACGAGGUAACCCACCGUCGCCCUCGUUUUUGUUCAUGGAUCCAUCCGUCGUUUCCUUCUGGAUGCACCAAUGCGUCGACCCCGACGAGAUCGAAGACUUUGUUGCGAACACCAAUUUUCCCGGCCGCGUGCCAGGAACCCAAACGAACAACGAUAGCAGCGAGAGCGGAGGACUGAUCUUUGUUGCGGUCAACGAUACCAUGUCGACUUCUUCUUGCCAUAGCAGUGCCAACUCUUGGAGAACUCCCAACAGCGGCAGCCACUGGUCCCUGCUCGUUGCAGAGGUUUUUGUAGGCGAUGGGUUGAGGGAACACGACUGCAGCAACUCCAAAGAUUCGACAGACAAUCGCUCGGAUGGAGUGAGCGCAUCCACAGCUGCAACCUCCACAAUAGAACUCUCGUUUUGGCAUUUCGAUUCGAUCCGCAACAGCGGAAACAUGCAAGCCGCGGAAGACAUUGCACGAAAGAUGCGAAUGAACGUCUAUCCAGGCGCCAGGGUCGUCACGGAACAACGAACGCGAACGCAAAAUCCCACCGGUAGCCCCGCCGACGCCACCGGCGCACAACUGGUCCGUGCCGCGGAAACGCCCCAGCAACAAAAUGGAUACGAUUGCGGCGUGCAUGUCUUGGGAUCGGCGAGGAUCGUUGCGGCCCGCUAUCACGGUCGGUGCCACUCCGCAUCGCCGGAAACAAAGACGCCGGUCGGUCUUAGCAAGAAGCAAAGACCCAGCACGACAAGGUGUACCCUGGAAGAACUGGAAGAUUUCCUGCGGGAGGAAAUUGGGAAAAAGAACAAUUCGCAGGAAUUUUGUGCCAAGCUCCGAGCCGAGACUUCCUUCGAGAUUCGCAAAAUCGCUUUCACGAGAAAAGAAAGGUGACCAACUAAAUUGAUCACAGAGAU